UGACGCGACUCUCUCUACAUGGCUCUGCCAAAGACCAACCCGUGAAGUGAACUCUGCGUAAUGUUCACCUAAUAACAAGGACACCUGACUGAGGCAAACAUAAAAAAAAAGUGUCCCCCCGGUGAUGUCCAAGCUGGCCGUGGUUUUCGGGGGCUCCCGGGGGAUCGGGCGGGCGGUGGCGCAGCAGCUGGCGGAACGCGGGCACAGAGUGGCCGUCGCCUCCCGGAACCUGGACGCUGCCCGGGCUGCCGUGGCAACGCUGAGAGGAGGGGACCAUGUGGCCCUGCGCUGUGACGUUUCCAAAGAGCAGGAUGUUCAGGAGGCGUUUGUGGAAAUUCAGAAGACCUGCGGGAACAUCAGCUACCUGGUCAACGCUGCGGGCAUUAACAGGGAUGGACUGUUGCUCCGGUCCAGGCAGGAGGACAUGGUGUCUCUGCUCCACACUAACCUGCUGGGCACCAUGCUGACCUGCAGGGCGUCCCUACGGAGCAUGCUCCACUCUCAGGGUGGGGCCAUCAUUAAUAUAGGGUCGAUCGUGGGGGUCAAAGGUCAUGCGGGACAGUGUGUGUACAGCGCUACCAAGGCUGGUCUGGAGGGUUUUACCCGCUCCCUGGCUAAAGAGCUGGCGUCCCGGAAUGUUCGAGUCAACCUGGUUGCUCCAGGCUUUAUCCGUACUGACAUGACGGCGGGGCUGCAGGAGGAGCAGCUGAUUCGGGGAGUCCCUCUGGGCCGAUUCGGAGAGCCUGAGGAGGUAGCCCAGGCUGUCCUCUUCCUGCUGGAGACGCCCUACGUGACGGGGCAGGUGCUGAUGGUGGACGGGGGGCUGCGCUUGGCCAUGUAGCAGCGCCUCCUGCAGGCGUGCUUUCUGAGUUGUUCAAACACGCCUUUUUUGGGGUGGCGCUUCCUUUGAAGGGAUCGCCCACUAUUUGUCCGGGUUACUACCGAGGCUGAUGAGUAACACCGUCCCAUUUGACACAGUGGAUCUCAGCUGUUACUAUGGUUCCGGGGCAUGCUGAACUGCAGGAGAUACAGUGAAGCAGUGCAUCUUUCUGCUCUGUGCUGGGUUUAAUAAACCUCCCUCCAUAAACCCUCUGUUGAGCGAAGCAGGAUUGAAGCUUCAGUGCACACUGGUGUUGUGCUAGAGUGUGUGAAUGUCUGUGUUUCACACUCCUGUGCACUCCUAAUUCAGUCAUUCAUAACCCCCAUAUACAUAUAUAUAUACACCCCAAUCCAGAGUUGUAUAUCCCCUACUAUUCACUGCUAAUUGAGUAAUAUACCUUAAUCAAGAGUAUAUGACUAUUCAUCCCUAACCCAGAGGAAUAUCACUGUUUACUCCUAAUCCAGAGAAAUAGAUCACUAUUUACCCCUAAUCGUGUCAUUCAUCACCCCCAUACACCCCUGAAAAAGAGUAAUGUACCACUUUUCACCCCAAUCAAUAGUAAUAUAUCACUAUUCACCCUUAAUCAACAGAAGCGUACAAAACCAACUUGGAAAAAGUUGGGACCGUAAAGAAGAAAAUGCAAAUAAAAAAAGAAAGUAGUGAUUUCUAAAUUUACUUUGACUUGUAUUUCAUUGCAGACAGUAUGAUAUUUCAUGUUUUGUCUGGUCAACUUCAUUUCAUUUGUAAAUAUACAUCCAUAUACAUCCAUUCCUGCCAUUAAGGCCUGCAGCACAUUCCAAAAAAAGUUGGGAUGGGGGCAAUUUAGGGCUAGUAAUGAGGUAAAAUAAUUGAAUAAUGAUGUGAUUUGAAACAGAUGAUGUCAACAGGUGAUUGUAAUCAUGAUUUGGUACAAAAGCAGCAUCCAGGAAAGGCCUAGUCCUUUAGGAGCAAAGAUGGGCCAAGGAUCGCCAGUUUGCCAACAAAUGCGUGAGAAAAUUAUUGAAAUAUUUAAAAACAAUGUUCCUCAAAGAAAGAUAGGAAGGGAUUUGGACAUUUCACCCUCUACAGUGCAUAACAUAAUUAAAAGAUUCAAGGAAUCUGGAGGAAUUUCAGUGCGUACAGGGCAAGGGUGCAAGCCUGAGCUGAAUAACUGAUCUCCGUCGGACAGCACGGCAUCAAGAACCAUAAUUCAUCUAUAUAACCACAUGGGCUCAGGAUUACUUUGGCAAACCUUCGUCAAGCACUACAAUACGUGGUUACAUCCACAAAUGCCAGUUAAAACUUUUGUGCCAAAAGGAAGCCUUAUGGUAACCGUGUCCAGAAGCGCCGUCGACUUCUCUGGGCUCGGAGGCAUCUGGGAUGGACCAUCACACAGUGGCAACGUGUAUUGUGGUCAGAUGAAUCAGUAUUUAAGGUCUUUUUUGAAAGAAAUGGACACUGUGUGCUCCAGACCAAAGAAGAAAAGGACCAUCCAGACCAGCCAGCAACGAGUCCAAAAGCCCGGGUCUGUCAUGGCAUGGGGUUGUGUCAGUGCCCUUGAGGAAGGUAACUUACACUUCUGUGGUGGCACCAUUAAUGCUGAAAAGUACAUACAGAUUUUGGAGCAACGUGUGCUGCCUUCAAGACGACAUAUUUUCCAGGGACACCCAUGCGUAUUUCAACAAGACAAUGCGAAACCACAUUCUGCACACAUUACAAAGGCAUGGCUGCAGUCCCAACCUGUCCCCAAUAGAGAAUGUGCGGCGCAUUUUGAAACGCAAAAUGUGACAACGAAGACCCCAUACUGUUACACACCUUAAGACUUGUUUGCAGGAAGAAUGGGACAAAAUUACCCCUGAAACGCUUCAUCACUUGGUGUCUUCAGUCCCUGAACAUCUUUUAAGUGUUGUGAAAAGGAAUGGCAACUUUACAAAGUGGUAAAUGCUUUACUGUCCCUAUUUUUUCUGAAAUAUGUUGCAAGAAUCAAAA